CUAAAGGAUAACGCCUAUGAGAAUAUCAUAUGCAUGAACGGAUAUAUUAAAGAAACGCCAAUGUAUUACGAGUUGCAGACCACAGACGGUCCAACGAAAAAAGAAUUUAACCCGAAACCGGAAUCUGUAGCUCAGAAUCGUGCCUACUACGUAACCGACUUUACUGGUGUGGCUUCAGUAACGUCACAAUCAUGGGUACUGCUCGGUAUCCUUUUCAUCAGUCUGUUUUCCUUGCAAAUGACAAACAUGUGUUCAGCGGAAUGA